CAAAAUAUAUAGUCAUAUUAUAAUAGUCAUGUUAUAAUAUGCAGAUAAUCACAAAUAUUUUUUAUAAUUAAAAUUAUUUUAUUUCUUAUUAUAACUUAAUUUUUGUAUAAAGUAAAAAAGUCAUGACUGAAAAAAAAAGAGUACUUAUGAUUUGUUUAGGAAAUCUUUGUCGUUCUCCUAUAGCAGAAGCAGUUUUUAAUGAUCAAAUAAAUAAGUUAGGCUUAAGUGAUUCAUGGGAAGUAGAUAGUGCAGCUAUUAUAGGAUAUCAUAUAGGUAAAAACCCAGAUCAUAGAUCUAUGUCUAUAAUAAAAGAAAAAGGUAUCACCAAUUAUUCUCACAGAGCACGGCAAAUCACAAGAGAUGACUUUAUUAAAUUUGAUUGGAUACUUGCAAUGGACAAUAGUAAUAUUCAAUAUUUAAAUACUAUGAAACCUCCUAAUACUACUGCUAAAAUUGAACUUUUAGGAAAAUAUGAUCCUCGAGGAGAACUUACAAUUCGAGAUCCUUAUUAUGAUGUUGACAUUGCUGGAUUUUAUAAGGUAUAUGAACAAUGUUUGCGAAGUUCAAAAGCAUUUUUGGAAAAACAUAAAAAUAAAUAAUCAGAUUGAAGUUUUAAAAUAAUUUAAAUGAUAUUAUUGAAAUAUCAUAUAUACAUAUAUUAUUUAAAAAUUCUUAAAAAUAAUAAAUAUUCAUUACAAAAUUAAAAUAUUAAU